AGAUGAUUAGUAUUGUGUUUAAACGUGUGAGACAUUCCAUAUCAAUAAAGUACAUCUUGUGACUUUAUGUAUGAUGCACCAUGUCUAAUAGUUUGGACAGCUUUCUCACACGCAUAGGGGAUGUCACGAUUGAACGCGUGACUCCACGCGGUGGCCCCAAGCCUAGUGAAACGAAUAUUAUGACUAGUGAGUCUGCGACAAGUGCAAACAUGAAUAUUGAGCCACAGGCGACUAAUGAUGAGAGCUCGGACGAGUCGAGUGGCGAAACAACGGACGGCGAGCAGGAGAAGAAGCUCGAUGCUUUGCAAUCUGAGGAAAUAGAAGAGAUACGCUCGGAAGGUUCAGGGGACGAUAUGGAUCUGGAUGAAACGAUUGAUUCGCAGAUCGGUGUGAGAGUAGAGUCGGAGAGACCACACCAUCAGUCUCCAGAAGAUGACGACGAAGAACAAGUUAAUAUUCUGGAUACUCUACCACUGGAAGGAGCGCCUAUAGAAGGUCAAGAAGUAUCUGAAGCUGAUCUACUAGGAAAACCAAUAACAAAGGAUUCAGAAGAUGAGGAAAGCAUAGAUAAUGAUAACGAUAAGACGGAUGGACAGUCGGGGGAGGAAGGCACUGACAGUAACAAGAGACACGCCGAUUCCGAUCAUUCCGACAGCGCGAAGAAGAAAGCGAAGAAGGAUGACGGUAGCACCGAGGGUAGCACGUCGGAAUGUGAGUUGAAGUCGGAAAAGAAGCUGGCCAACAUGCGAAGAAACAUUCGGGAAGUGAUGGACGAAACGCAACUGGACGAAGCCACCUUGUCCGCUCAGAGGCAGGAGAUGGAACGUCUCAGGCGAGUGCAGGAGCAGCAGAGGAUCAUUCGUGAGGUGCAACGUCAGAUAGCGAUCAACCGACAGAAUAAAGCGCAAACUCGCGUUAUUAGUCUUCUGCAGGGCAAGCAGAAUCAAUCUGGCUCUACUAUGAUCUCCCAGUCGUCUUCCCCGUCAUCGUCAUUUCCGUCGGCGAUGUCACCGUCCUCCACUCAAGUCCGUUUGCCAAACACCGUGCUAUUGAAAGUGAACUCUGGCGCCGGCACCGGUGCACAAACUACUCAGAUAACUGGCGGGAUUCAAGCAGGACAGGCACAGAGGAGAUCGAUCGACAGUGGAAUGCGCUGGCAGAAAGGUAGAGGCGGCUAUCAGGGAGCACAGACAUCUAUUUCGCGUGUCCCGAAUCGUUCCAGUGCACCUCAUAUGUUGCAGCAAAGGAUCCGCAUGAUGACACCGUCCGUGAGUAUAUCGCCGGUGGUGCCUAAAAAGGAGCCGAUAGAUCGUGCAGACUAUUAUUCUGAUUCCGAAUUAUCCGACAUGGAAGCUGAAGAGGCAAUGCGUUGUGAGAAGCAGAUGCAUGCCGCGCGGAAGAUGGCCGGUGGACCCAAAUACCAGAGACCGCAAAAAGGCAAAGAUGUUGUGACAAUAUCUAGUUCAAGCGAGAGUUCGGACGACGAUUGCAUAGUUUUGAGCGAUCCCAGUGGUGAGGAGGAAACUGACAACGAGGAUGAUCCAUCCAACUCCGGGAUGCACACCAAUGAUCGUUAUAACAUUCCAGACGAGCACGGUCGAGUAUUGAUCAACGUGGGUCAUCCCGAGACCGAACCGGACGUGUAUCUAGCACCACAAGUAGCUCGCAUUAUUAAGCCGCAUCAGAUCGGUGGCAUACGCUUCCUCUUCGAUAAUAUCAUUGAAACGAUCGAGAGGUAUAAGACUAGCAGUGGCUUUGGCUGUAUUCUAGCCCACAGUAUGGGUCUAGGCAAGACCCUCCAAGUCGCCAGCUUUUGCGACAUAUUUUUUCGAUGCACUACUGCCAAAACUGUUCUCUGUAUUAUGCCCAUAAAUACACUUCAAAAUUGGCUGGCGGAGUUCAACAUGUGGCUACCAUACGAAGAUCCCGCUACUACCGCCGAGAAGCAAUCCAAAGUGACGAAUGUCAAAAUAGAACCGGGAAUAGAUAUGAAGCACGAAGUAAAGGAAGAAAGUUGCGGCACUCAGAGCGACAUGUCUAAUAUAUCGCGGCCUAUCAGCACAGAAUCCGCGCACCGUUUUGGUCAAGACGCAACAACCGCUGUUGGUGCAUCGCAACAAUCAAUGAACGUCAUGUCAGAGAAUCCGUACGCAAAUUCCCAUCACGGUUACGAACAGCGCAACAUGAUGCCGAGUUACAUACAGGAUCCUACUAUGAUGAAUAAGAACAUAGCUGAGUCUCAAAUAUCGCAUAUGCCACCGAAUUAUCAUCAAGGCGAGGUGUCACAGAAUCCAUUGUAUAACACGAAUCCGAAUCCGCUUUCCAACUUUUCCGAUCAGAUGAAGCCAGAUCCAGGAAACUGUCAUGGUAUGCCACCCGGGCAGAACAUGGCGGGGCCAAAAUUCGGCAUGGAAAAUCAGGCUACUGGUGUUAUGUAUCCUGGUAUGGAGAAUCAGCCGCCGGGUAUUCCCAUGUAUUCCAGUAUGGAGAAUCGAAAUUCCGCGACGAUGUAUCCGGGUAUGGAUAAUCAUCAUCCCAAUCCAAUGUAUUCUAAUUACAACAACAUUCCCGGCACUUUCACGAGCUAUGGCAGUCAGACGAAUCAACAAGAAUUAGAACGAGAACCGAAGAAAGAAAACAUGCUGCCAGGAGGAAUGUCACUUCAAAAUACGGAGGUGACUGUGAAGAAAGAACCGGAAGAUAUCAUAAAAAAAGAAGAGGGCACCUCAACAACGAAAGAGGAAUUAACGGAUGAGAAAAAAGAAACGAUAGAGAAAGUGAAAACACCGUACAACGUGGACACGCCAAUUGGCAUGGAAGUACGCCCGAGGCAUUUCCACUUACACAUUUUGAACGAUUCGCAUAAAACUAUGAACGCGAGAGCGAAGGUGAUACAAGAAUGGCAAUCAAACGGUGGAGUUUUGUUAAUAGGAUACGAAUUGUAUAGACAAUUAUCUUUGAAAAAACCGAAUAAGGCGAAACGGAAACGCGGACAACCUUUCAAAGACACGGUAGACGUGGAGGAGGAGGACAAAAACAAAGGUUUACUGGACGAGAUGCAUACGGCUCUGGUGAAUCCUGGACCGGACCUGGUAAUCUGCGAUGAAGGUCAUCGAAUCAAGAAUUCACAUGCGAGCAUCAGCAUGGCAUUGAAGCAAAUGCGCACGAAACGUAGAAUUGUACUAACCGGUUAUCCAUUACAGAACAAUCUACUAGAGUAUUGGUGCAUGGUAGACUUUGUGAGGCCUAAUUAUCUAGGUACCAAGAGUGAGUUUUGCAACAUGUUCGAGAGACCGAUACAGAACGGCCAAUGUAUUGACUCCACACCGCAGGAUAUACGCUUGAUGCGAUAUCGCGCACACGUAUUGCACGCUUUGCUGGAGGGUUUUGUGCAGAGGAGAUCUCAUUCCGUGUUGCAAAUGUCGUUGCCGCGCAAGGAGGAAUACAUUCUCUUAGUCAGGAUGACGCCUCAUCAACGCAAAUUAUACGAUACGUUUAUGAAUCAGGUGGUAAAAACGCGCGCGGUACCGAAUCCAUUGAAAGCUUUUGCAGUGUGCUGUAAGAUCUGGAAUCAUCCAGACAUCCUGUACCAUUUUCUCCGUAAGCGUCAAGCGAACGAGGAAGAUGAUUUAGAUCUCGAGGAAACGAUGGGAGAGAAAUCCACAGCGGGUGGCAAGAAAUCAAAAGCGCGUCAACCGAAAGGGGAGUCCAAAAAAUCCAAGAAGGGCACGACGAUAAAGAACAAGCCCGCAGCUAGCGUACAACCGAACGCUUCUUCAUCGUCAAGCAACGAUAAUGCGGAGGCUGAAAAUACGCACAAUACUCCGAAACAAAAUAAUUACACUAACUAUACGAUGCCUGUUUCCAACUCGGGAUAUUCUAACAACAUGCCGCAAGGAUCUUAUCCUCCUCAAAAUUAUCAAAACUAUCGUCCGAAUGAUCAAAAUACAUACUAUAGAAACGAUAACAACAAUCACGGAGAAUAUAAUCAAGGAGAGUUCUAUAAUAAUCAAGGACAACAAAGGUAUGGUAAUCAACAAUCGUUUCAGUCAUAUACUACUCAGACAUCAACAAACUAUAAUACGUCGCAAGGAUACGCCAAUCAAUCACAAAACUAUAUGCAAUCGAACGAGCAGUCCACGAAUCAUCCUCAGAGGUACAGUGGUGCAGCGACUGGAUCCGAUUUCCGGUCGGAUCAGAAUCAAGGAAAUAAUUACGAAGCACCUGGAAUGUUUCCACGGCAAAAUUAUCCCUAUCAGGAUCAGCAACGUAAUUAUACACCAAAUCUAAACCAAGGGCCUAGUAAUUAUCCCCAGGUUCCCAAUCAACCAUCUUUCCAGUCUCAGAUGCCGAAUCAGUCCGCGAAUAUGCCGAUGCAGGAUUACUCGUCAUACACCACGAAUCAAAAUCAAAAUUAUCCGCCGACGCCGGCUCAGGCAAAUCCAAUGUAUCCGCGUAACGAUGCGCAACCACUGCAAAACUCGACGAUGGGAUAUCCGGCAUCUCAGCAAAGUCAACCACCGGUUGUUCAAACACAGACUUCUGGUUACAUGGCACCGCAGCAAAGCCAGAAUACAUCACCUGGUCAAAGUCGUGGCUUCUCGCCGAAUCAACAGAAUCAGAAUCUAGGUUUACAGAAUCAAUCUCAUCCAUAUGCAAAUCAGCAACCGCAAGGUGUGCCUCUUCAGGGUCAGACACAUAGCUAUUCUACGCAAGUAAAUCCGACUCCUCCACAGACUCCGCAUGCAUUUAAUCAACAGUCGGCUCCAAUGGCACAAACCCCAUCACACGGUUAUAUGCAGCCGAACCAACCGAAUCAAGGACCCAUUCAACAGGGUUCGAUGCGCGGCUAUACUUCGGCACCACAGAGUCAAAUGAAUGUAACUCAAAAUCAACCCAAUUACUCGGCCAAUCAAUCUACGCAAAACGUCAAUGCACAGAAUCAAACACAUAGGUAUCCUAUCAAUCCUCCAGAUCAAUCAAGCCAAGCGCCAAAUCCGCAGAAUGCAGUUCAUGGUUAUGGCCAUCAUAUGGUUCCCCAAUCUGCAACUUCCAAUCAGGCAGGACCAUAUCCUCAGCAGAACCAGUCGGGUACGACGGUACCACCAUCGAAUCAGACUCAUCCUGCUUACCCGUCAAAUCAUCCAGGCACAGGAACGAUGCCACAAAAUCCCGCACAUCGAUACGGAGCCACGCAACAGACACAAGUGGCACAAAAUCAACCUAUGGCAUAUCCGUCGAAUCAACAACAAGCUAAUCCAUCUUUGGGUCAGAGUGAUCAACUUUAUCCUAGGCAAGAUGCCGCAGUGUCGCAGCAAACGCAGAGUUACACUCCAAAUGAAUUUUCGAACGAUCGUUCGAGCGCAAGCACCGCCGGUAAUUCUGGUAAUAAUUAUACCGCUAACCAACCGCAUACGCAGAAUCCCGUUAUGCCGAAUUAUCCAUCAGACAGCUCACAUCAGAAUCCGGCGGCGAUCGGACAGAUCAAGGAGGAGCCUUAUUAUAUGCAGCGCAAUUAUUCGCAGACGUUCCGAUCGGAUCAGCAAUGCAGCGAUUCAUACUACAGAGAUCAGAUGAAUCCCGGCAUGAACCGUUAUCCAAACAACUACUUCCCGUCGCAGAAUUAUCCGAAUCAAUCGUAUGACUAUGCUACCGGUCAUGGCACGGAUAUAAAUCCACGGUCUGACGAAUCCAAGACGUCACAACAACCUGUCGGUGCUCAUCCUCCCAGUACGCCGUGUGAGAAGAGCAACAAAGAUAUGACAUCCAACAUGGGUGUACAGAGUCAACCAUUACAUCAAAAUAAUCUCACCAGCACGGCAAGCUACACUGCAGAACCAAGUCGUCAGAGUUCAGCGACUCCUGCUCCCAGAUCGGGACCAGGAAUUAAUCCGGCACACAGUCCUCGAUUAAAUCAGAGCGAACUGACGAAGGAAGAGGAGAGAGAAAAAGAAGACCAAGUAGAGAAAGAUAAAGAGGAUAAAUCUGACGAUGAAAUUCUCACGAAAGACGAGGAGAAAGAUUGCAAGAGUUCUCCUAGUUCGAAAGAAGAUCCUGGAAUUCCAUAUGACUGGGCAACAGAGUUGAUGAAGGGAUACGUACCCGGAUUGAUAGAUGCAUCUGGAAAAAUGACACUCUUCUUCUGUAUCCUCGAGGAAGCUAUUAAACUAGGGGAUCGCGUACUUGCAUUCUCGCAAUCGCUAUUCACAUUGAAUCUCAUAGAAGAUUUUUUAGCUCGAAAUAACUUCAAAUAUCCGGAUGGUCAAAUCGAUGGCUGGGUUAAAAAUGUGAAUUAUUAUAGACUAGACGGAAGCACCAGCGCGCUAGAGCGAGAAAAGUUAAUUAAUGAAUUCAAUAAUAAUCCAAAGAUUCACCUCUUCCUUGUUUCCACACGUGCUGGUUCGCUGGGUAUCAAUCUUGUCGGUGCGAAUCGCGCGAUCGUAUUUGAUGCUUCCUGGAAUCCUUGUCAUGAUACGCAAGCUGUAUGCAGAGUCUACCGAUACGGCCAACAAAAGCAGUGUUUUGUUUAUCGAUUGGUCACCGAUAACUGUCUGGAAAGAAAGAUCUAUGAUCGACAAAUUAGUAAACAGGGAAUGGCAGACCGUGUAGUCGAUCAGUGCAAUCCUGAUGCGCAUCUUUCGCUAAAAGAAGCGACGACGUUAUCGUGGGAUUGGGAAGAGGACAGUCAAGUGCAGGAUUUCUCACAGACCAAGGAUAGCUAUACGGAUGAAGUUAUGCAUUGUGUAUUAGAACGCUUUUCUUCGUUGCUCACCAAACAACCAUUUCAUCAUGAGAGUUUGCUGGUUGAUCGGAAGGAUAAGAAGCUCAGUCAAGCUGAGAAACGAUUGGCUCGUCGCGGCUAUGAGCUUGAGAAAAUGGCAGCGAAUUGUUCUAGGCCCAGUUAUAACUAUGUUCCUGGAAAUACAGCCACUCGAGCAGGUGGAUUACAAAUUAGAGCAAUUCGUGGUGGUGAUGGUGGACCUACGCCGAAACCAGUUGCUUCUGUCAGACCUAUGCAACAGCGUGGUGCUGAAGGAUUAAAUCCGCGAGGAGUUACUGGUAGCAGAUGGAUUCCAGCGGAAGUAUGGCAGAGACAAGGAAUGAGUGCACAAGAGAUGACACUACCUCUAGAUGUAGUUAUACCGACAAAUUCUCCGGACAAAGGAAGUAUCGUUCUAAAAGCGGGUCAACGGGUAAUGGUACUAAAGAGUCCAAAAGGUAUUUACAUGCAGCUUGAAUCCGGCAAAAUUAUAGCAAUUCGUACUGCGCUUAAAUUAAAUCAACAAAAGCGAGAGGAGGAGCCAAAGAAAGGAGUUUCUAUGAUACAGAGGAAUUCUAAGUCCGAGGUUGGCUUUCCCUUGCGGAAUAAUUCGGCUAUUUCCAUAAUACCCAAGUCAUCCUCUAGUAAUCAAAGCGGCCGACCUCUUAAUAAACCAUCACCGAGCCCGGGUUAUAAACCAUUUGGCGAUAAGGAAAUUUCUAGGAGGCCCAAACCGGUUGCUACAGCGACAGCUAAACCUUAUUUAAGUCAAGUUAACUUGACCAAUCAAGUUUCCCUAUCGAGAAUACCCAAAGUCAAGCAAGAGCCAAUGGAUCAUUCUACGCUCGGGGACAACUCCAACUCGUCCGACGGUCAACUGAGAACCGAGCAACGUGUUGAGGAAGUCAGAUUGGAAGAUGUGGUGGCUGAAGUAAGCUCAAACACCGAAUAUAGCCCUUCUAAUCAUACCCGUACCACUAAUUCGGAUACGGAUACAUCCCUGCCGAAAUCUUCUGAGGAAGGCACUCAGGUUUACACCCCUGAUACCGUUUCUCUUGCACAAGGCGUUCAAACACAACAUGAUCAGUCUGAAUCAGAAAUGCCGCCAACUGCUGACAAGCAGUGUUCGCCAUCGGAGAAGGAAUCUUCUAAGCCAGAUGAACUAACAAACUACGGUCGUUCCUUCCAUAGUCAAACGGAGAAGCGAGAGACUUCCAAUGAGGAUACCGUUAUUGAAGAAGCGUCUCAAACGCCACAAAUGACACCACAGGUUGCGACACAAACACACCCGAUUGCUCCUGGUCCGAUGCCUUCUCUGUUAACACAACCAGUACCAUCAUCCAUGCCGGUACCAUCGACUAUGUCGAUACCACCAAGCUUACCAGUACCAUCAAGUAUGCCUCCGAAUAUGCCACCGAGCAUGCCGAUACCAUCAAACAUGCCUCCAAGUUUACCACCGAACAUGCCGGUAUCAUCGAACAUACCACCGUCGAAUAUGUCUGUGUCAUCGAGCAUACCGCCAAGCAUGCCAAUAUCGAGUAUGUCGUCAAGUAUACCAUCAAGUAUACCAUCGAAUAUGCCAGUAACAAAUAUGUCACCGAGCAUAUCAUCGAAUAUGCCAAUACCAUCGAGUAUGCCGAGCAUACCAGUAUCUUCAAGCAUACCGAUAUCAUCGAAUGUACCGGUACCGUCCGUAUCUGCAAGAGGCUCGGAAGCACCUAAAAGUAUUACCGAUUCAAUCGCCAAUGCAACAUCGACUGCUUCCGUAUGUACUAGCACUAAUAUUACUUCGCCGAAAAGCGCCGAGCCGACUCUAAGCAUGCGAGACAACAUGAUCCAGGGUGAUCCGACGCCGAGUGUACCCCAGGGAUAUCCCUACGCUCAAUACCCGAGAUACUAUGAUUACAGCGAUCCACGAUCUCGCUCGCUGUCUAAUCCCUAUGGCACUUACUUCCCCGGCGUUCCACCGCACACGGCAAAUCCCAGCAGUAGACUGCCAGUAGACACGACGAAGCCUCAGCCGGACUUAGGCAAGCCUAUGGACGAGAGGAACGUGAUGAACGUGCCUACCGCUUACUCUUCUCAAAUACCGAGCAUUACUGCCAAAACGCUAACGAACAAUUCCGCGACAGAGUCUAAGGGUACAGACAGCACGACGGUGACUACCACGGUUGCCUCAUCGAGCAGAGACGAGACACAUAUACCUACCGCAUUUAGUCAUCCUACUAACACGCGGUAUCCAGCUGGACCGUAUCCACCGGGCCCGUAUGAUCCGUACUCGCAGCAUUAUCCACCGGCGCCUGGCUCUUCCGCAGCUUAUCCUCCAGGUGGAGCACCCGGUUACCCAGCAUAUGGUGGACCCAGUUACAACCCAGAUUAUGCUCGCAUGUACUCGGCAUUCCAUGGUCCGCCACCCCCGACGGAUCCUUAUAUGCAUAGAGGAUACGCCCCUCCUUCUUCGCAUCCCCCUAAUUAUUAUACGCCGUUCCCGCAUCCUCCGCCACCUUAUCCUAAUUAUUCGUUCCUGCCGUAUCCGAAUCCGAAUAUGUCCAGCGAGCCUCAACCACCUGCUCAGUAG